UAAUAUGACUGGUCCGAUUCGACCAAUAGAGGAUCGACAGGCAAGCCACAAAAAUAAAUAUGGGUGAUUGUUGAUAGAAAUUAUUGAUAAUGUAGAAAAAUAACGUCAGUAUUUAGACAGAUAAAAUCUAGAAACACGAUAAAUUAUCAUAAAAGUGAUUAGUUAAUUUCUAGUGUCAGAUUGAAAAACAAGUAUGGAUUCAUUUGUAACUCUCAUAGUUAAAGCUCCAAAUCAACAAAUUGAAGACCAGACAAUUAAAUGUGAACCUUCAUGGACAAUUCAAAAAUUAAAACAACAUUUAUCAGAGGUUUAUCCCAGUAAACCCCCACGACAGGAACAGAGAUUAAUAUACUCUGGACAAUUAUUGAAUGAUUCUGCAACUCUGGAAGAAGUUUUAAGGCAAUAUGAGGGGCAAGAUACACAUACAGUGCAUCUUGUUUGUUCUUCCAAAUAUAUGAAUAGUAUUCCAGAAACCAAACCAAUAUCACAGCCUAGUACACCAAAUAAUGUUCAAAAUUCACCAUCAACAUCAAGUACAUCAUCAAAUCCAACCACAUCAAGUGAACAGAAUCAGUCAAAUGUUCCUCCUACUAUGCCAUAUUUUAAUGUUAAUAGUGGACCUGUAGACCCUAAUCAGUAUGCUAUGCAACUAGCUUGGAUGCAGCAGGCUUAUUUCCAGUAUAUGGCUCAGUACAUGCAACUGGCAGCGAAUUCUUAUGGAGCACUUCCUCAGGGGAUACCAAAUACUGGGGAACCAGCGGCUAAUCCUGCUGAACAACCUCCGGCAGCUGCCGAGAUUCCAGCCGUUGCACGAGAUCCAGAUAAUCCCGAACGAGAUUGGCUAGAAGUAUUUUACAUGUUGACAAGAGCUACGGUACUCUUCAUCGUUAUAUAUUUUUAUUCCAGUCCAAUAAGAUUUUUAUUUGUUUUUCUUCUGGGAGUAGGUUUAUAUCUGUAUCAAAUAGGAUUCUUUAGAAAUAUGAAUCAUAAUAACAACCAUAUUAAUGGUCCUCCAGAGCAAGCACAAGAAGAAGAAGCUGCUCCAUCUAGGUUCAUGAUUGUCUGGACAUUUUUCGCUACAUUUUUUGCAUCCCUUAUUCCUGAAAUUCCAAAUCCAAUUUAGUGAUUCUGUUUCUCAAUUGGUUCUAUAAAUAUGUGUUUUGAAUACCACAUUGAAAUUGUUUUCUAAGAAUGCAACUAUAUUUUCUUGUGAAGGUCUAGUGGUUUUGAAGAAUAGGUGCGUUUAAAGACAUUUUUCAAAUUUUAGUUUAUCUAAAAAUAUUAAAUGAAAGAAAUGAGGUUGAAAGGUAUAAAACUCAAAAUUGAUCUAACGUUUUAUCAUUAUGAAAGAAAUAAAAAAAAUUGUUAUUAAAGUAUUUUUACUUAUCCCAAAACAAUGAAACUUUUAAUAUAAAUCAAUUAAUACGUUAUUACAAAAUAAUUACCAGUCUAGUACAUUAUUAUUAGAAACACUAUUAUUUUUUUUUUUUCCUGACAAACAUUUCGUACAAUAUAUUAUUGUUUAAACAUAGUACAUAGUUACGAAAAUUAUAAUAAUCGUAAUAAUCAACACAAAAUCUAUGAAUUAAUUUUACAAAUAUUGGGUAUCCAAUGUUACAGGAGAACGGUAUUUUUUAUAGCUAUUAAUAAUUACUUUUGCCAGUUGAAAAUUCAUAUGCCAUAUUAUAUACUUUCCUUGACUUUUCCCUCAAUAAAUUUAAUGAGGCAAUUCUUCAGCAGCUUCUCUAAUUUCUGGAGGUUUUAAAGAAAAGUCACUUUCAUUUUCUAUAUUUAUUUUUAGAUGGUUGUUUAACAUAAUUGGACAUAAGAUAUUAAAAGCCUGAGAAAUAUAAACACACAAUAAUGUUGACAAGUUUGAGUCAAAUUUAUAUUGUUUAAAAAACCAUGAGACAUUAAGAAACAGAUAUGCGACGAAACACAUUCAAUGUCGCUGAAGGCUCAGUGUUAAUGCUCCGUGCAUUGAAACUGCAGGUCCCGGGUUCGAAUCUGAUCUAGGAAACUUUACUUUUCUUAUUUUUAAGAAUUAUUAAAAAUUGUUUUUUGUAGCUAAAUAAUAUAAUAUAAUGAAAAAAGCUUCUGAAAUCAGUUAUCAAUGGAUUCAUUAAUCACCGCCGUUAUUAAUGGAUAUUAUUAAGGUCGAGCAAGCGUACGUAUAAUGGGUACAUUAUACAACAGUCGUGGAUAGUGAUAAUUCACUAGUGUAUAUUGAAUAUCUCAUACGCGAGUAGAAUACUAUACUUUAUCUACGACUUGUAAACAUUUUUGUCGGCAAAUUAUAUUACAUUAUUAGAAACACUAUUAUUUUAUUCUAAGAAGUAAUUAGUGCAUAGUUAUCGAAUAUUGUAAUGAUCGUAUAAUGUCUCCAUUAUAAUCUAAACAAAAAUCUAUGUAUCAGUUUUUUUGAUGAUGCAACUUCAGCAGGUUGUCUAAUUUCUGGUGGUAUUAAAUAAAAGUCUAAAUCUAAACAUACAAUAAUGUUGAUAGGUUUAAGUCAAAUUUAAAUUGAGAUUUCGUUGAAGAAUUCCUGGUGCUCCGAAACUGUUCCGAAUAUAUCACUACUGGUGCCCAAUAUGUCGCCUCCUAAUUGGGCAAUAGCUGACAGUUCUUACCCAGAAUUUUAGUGAAAGAUUUGAAUAUGUUCCCUUACAAAGUACAUGUACCUGUUGACCGAUCUAUUCUACUUCAAUUUAUAAAUUGAUAUUACCCUUAUGAUGUAAUAUCGAACAAUGUACUCAUAAAUUUAUAUUGAUGUAUUUCGCCAAAUUUUUCUUUUAGAAUUACAGUGCCAUAUUUUCACCAUGAUGAAAGGAUUUUGUUUUAAUUUUAAAAUCAUUUGGUAAUUAUAUUGAGGACAAUAAAAACCUGCCUUGUUUAUUGUAGUUGUGUAUGCCCAUGCCUCUAAAAAAAAAUAUAAUGGAGUCUAAGAGUCAAAUUAAGAUUUCGUUGGGUUUUAUCAAUAUAUAUUUUGCUCAUUCAACAUUGCAACAAGUUUUUCAUUAAAAUACUUUGGAUCAGUUUGUUAGAUCGCUUUGUGAUGUUUUAAAUCACACUAAUGUUGUAUUCAUGUUAUUAUAUAAUAAGAUUUGUAUUAGAAGUGCAAUCUUAUCCAAAAACUCAAAAACCACUUCAUCAAUGAAUUAUCGAAAAUUUGAUCCAAAUUGGAUUGGAUAAAUGAUAAAUUUAUGGGGGAAUUUUGUACAAAAUGGGAAACUUAACGUGCUGAAUAGUAUUUGAUUUGGAAAAAUUUGUCAAUAGACAUUUUAAAAACCGCUUUAUUCUGCAUUUUCAGUAAUAAUAGAUCUUUUUGUUGGUGUACUAGGAGAGAACAUAUCAUCUGUAGAGACAGUGAGGUCUAUUGGAUAGAUAUCUGUCCUUCGAAAUCCCUUUCUAGCAUUAAGUGGAGUUGCUGAUCUUAAAAAAGCCUUUCCAAACAACAGACAAAUUUCGAUAAUCGUGAUACACCGACCUGGAUUAUUCCUCAGCCAAACUCCUAUCUCUUGGGUAUAAAAGAACUGAGUGAUCCCAUGAAAGCAACGUUAAGCGGUUUCAUGCUAUGGAAUGAAAUAGGUAAAGAUCCUAUAUGUCCCAUUUGGUACAUAUUUUUCCUACCUGUGGCUUAUGUUCCUCAUUGCCUUUUACAUAUGAGACUCAAAUUUGUCACAAGCAAUCUUAAUUCAAAUGGAAUUGAAGAUUACGCUUACCGUUAUUUACUUACCACUCUAUAAACAAUAAUACCUGUGGUAACUCCUAUUCGUUUUAAGUCUUAAGCUAUUGAUAUUAAUCAGAAAUUGGGAGAACUUCCUACUAUAUGACCAAUAACGUUUUUUUUUUGUUUGUUAUAGUUCUCGUUAUAAAUAUUAUUUUGCAUUAUGUAUUUCAUAAAACCACUAGGAGUAUCAAAAUACUAAAAACAGAAAAUCAAUUUUGUUGUUAGUUAUAUAAAUAGCUAAACUUUUUUCCACAGUUUGAUGAUCCUGUUCUCAUCUUCUAUACAAAAUAUAUCUUUAAGUAACCUUAAUCAUACUUAAAUAAUAUUGUAUACACAAAUUUUUCUAAUUUUUUAAGAUCUGUUUGAAGAAAAACCAACACUGGCUUUUUCUUGUACAUAUUAUUAGCUUUAGUAAAGAUGUGAUUUAAUUAAUAAAACUAUAUAUUAAUUUUA